GUUCUUUGGGUGAGCCAAGAGACCCAGAGGCACUCACAGUCAGCUUGCAGAGUGUGGCCCGGCCACAACGCUCAGGGAGCUCCUCCGAGGGAGCCUCACUCUGCUCUCUGACCCCGGAACCUGCAUCCCUCCCACAAACCAACUGCAAGCAGCUGUGUCCUCUCCACUUGCAGCUGGAAUAGGCAGUUGGAUGCCUUUGCUGUGCUGGAAGCAGGGCUCUCUCUCUUGGAUGUCUCAGCCAUGACAGGUGAGGACUCCAUCAACACCUUGGGCCUGAUCCUUGGCGUGGGGCUGUCGCUGCUGCUCGUGUCCAUCCUCGGCUACAGCUUGGUCAAGUGGUACCAGCGUGGAUACUGCUGGGAGGGGCCUAAUUUUGUCUUCAACUUAUAUCAAAUCCGGAAUCUGAAGGGUCUGGAGAUGGGUCCACCCUUCACCAUCAGUGGUCACAUCAGCAGCCCAGAUGGUGGCUACAUGAAGUUCUCCAACAGGCUGGUCUGAUGCAGGGGCAGCAACUUGUGGAGGCCUGGGGAGGCUCAGUUCGGUGUCUCCGAAGUAUCUGUUCAGCCACAAGCUCCCAUCACCACUGUUGCCUUCUCAUGUUUGGACACUAUGCUUCUUCAAGUUCCUUCCCACGAAUGGAGGAAAUUCAUUCAUUCAUGCAUUCAUUUAUUCAUCAAAAUGAGCACCCAUUGCCAUGUGUUAGGCAUUGGCUAAGUACAAAGGACACAGAGAGAAAUCAGAGUGGUUCUGCUCUCCAGGAGCCCGCAGUCAGUGCUGCAUGUAGCACUCUUGGGGAUAGCAGUGUGUCCAGGGCACUAACGAGAGAAGUCAGCUUCAGGACUCCUCUGUUCAUUUGACAGAUAAGAAGACUGAGGCCCAGAGCUGACAUGACAGAUUCAUGUCCAGAGAACAGAUAGCAGCUGAGCAUUCUUUCUAUUCCCUGGGGCUGUUGCCUCUUCCUGUUUGCCCUUGGAGCAUUUCCAGACCAACAAGCUUGCUAUGGCCAUCCAUCCUGCCAUUCACAUAUUAGAGCAUACCAUGUGCAGGGUCAUUCACAUAUUAUAGCAUACCAUGUGUGGGGUGUCCCUGGAGCUGUCUGUGCUGCAGAAGCAGUUGGAAGAGGAGUCAGUGAAUAGAAACUGUUCAUUCAAAAGGUUGAUUGUGAAGAAUGGGAGAGAAGGUGGUGCUGGCCAGGAAGUUUUCAGAACGCUUGGCUUGUCUUCCCCAUGGAGGCCUCCAGAAUGCACCAGCUGGGCCAGAUGCCCGCUCUCCACAUGCCAUCGCUCCCCGUGCCCAACCCCACGACAGCCCGGACAGUUGAUGCCUCCUGUCCUCCCAGCCUGACAAAUAUCAUCUGCAGUGCCCACUGCCUGCCAUCUGUUUACUGCCCGGCUCCUCCACUUCUGGAGGAGCCCAUGCAGCCUUUGUGCCACAUCAGGAGGACUGCCGUACAGAGAUUAGACUGAGGGAGCAGGAGUGGAUGCAGAGGAGGAGGACAGAGCCUCAUGGUGGUCCAGGGGAGAGGUGACAAUGAAUUUGACCAGAUGACAGUGGGGGUGGUGACAAAUGACUGGAUUCACCAUCUAUCUGGAAGGUAGAGCUGAUAGGACCUACUGAGGAGUUUGAUGGGGCAGAAAAUUCCUGGGGUUUUGACCUGAACUAGGAGAACAGUGGUGCCGUUUAUCAGGUGGGGAAGACUGGGAGAGGAAGACGUGUGGGGGGAGUUAUGAGCUCUGUUGUAGACACUAUAAUUUUGAGAUGCAUGGUAGACAUCCACACGAAGCUGCUGAUGAGGCAGCUGGAGAGAGUUCAGGAGAGAAACCCUGUUGGACAUUUGGAAGCCACCAGCAUCCAGUUGCCACUUAAAGGUAUGGACCAGGUGAUACCAAGUAGGGGGUAGUGGGGAGAAAAGGACUGACUAAUAGAACAAGCAGCAAAUCAUCAGGUCGUUCUCUAAAGGGGUGACUCUCCAACUUCAGUGUGUGCUGGAAUCACCGGCAGUGUGGUCAUGGUAAGUGAAUCGGCAUUCAGAAAUUCUGGGCCUCGGGAAGCAGUUUAGGAAGACACCCACAGGUAAUUCCGAUAGAGGCGAUCUUCUGAGAAACUCUGCCUUACGGGACAGGUAGAGGGGAUGUGGGGAAGUGGAGGGCAAGGGAUAUUUCCAGGGCUGGGGUGACCAGAUAGUAAGAUCCUAAAGAAUGUUCCUGUUCUCUCCAGGGUCACUGUGAGGGCUUAAUCUCCACUAUGCCCUCCUGCCCCAUGCAGGUAGGGGUAGACAGUGUAGUAUCCUACACCCAGGGCUUUGCUGAUCACGUACUAGUCUGUACCCCUCCCUGAGCCUCUCAGCUCUGCAGACUGGACAACUUACAAAAGGUUGUACCUCAGCUGCACCCUUGAUAAUGGGCUGCAAUUGACCAAGGAGCCCCAGUGAGGCUCCUGGCUGGGCUCUGCAAGACAGAUGCCAAACACAGCCACGGUUCCUGUGACUCGAUGAGCCAGAGAUGGCAGCCUGCUUUUCCUCAAGGCAGGAAGUCAUUGGGUGAAUAUUCUAGUUGCAUAUUGACUGCAGGGGAUUUGGGGAUCUUCUCCAAGCCAGUGUGCUUACCUUCACACUAAGGGGUAAUGGGCUCAUUCACACUCACAUGGGAAUCCUCAACCCUGAGCCUCACAGAGCCAGGCCAGCCUUGCCAUCUGCUGAAAGACCUUUUCUUGGAUGACUUGUCAUUAUUAAACCAGAACUCACCAUAUUCCCUCUCCCUCUACACCUGUGUCUCCCUUCCAUGUCCAUAUUUUGCUUUUCUUACCAUUGAGUUAAAGUGUGACCAGCACUACCCAGACCUUCUUCUUUCACUCCAGCCCGUCACCCCAUCUUGAUAACUCUUCCUUUAAAAUGUCUUUUGAGUCUGUCCUCUUUUCUCCUUUCCCACUGCCCCUGCUCAAUACUGUCAUUAGACUAUUGUAUAAGCCUCUGUUAUGAACCAAAUAUUUUCGUUUUCCCCAAAUUCAUGUUGAAGCUCUCACUCCCAAUGUGAUAGCAUUUGGAGGUGGCGCCUCCGGGAAGUAAUUGGUUUAGAUGAGGUCAUGAGGAUGGGGCUUCCAUGAUGGGAUUAAUGCCCUUGUAAGAAAGUGAAAGACAGACCAGAACUCUUUAUCUCCAUCGUGUAACGACACAGCAAGGAGGCUGUCUGCAAGCCAGGAAGAGAGCCCUCCCUGGGAACUCACCCAGCUGGCACCUUGAUCCAGCACUUCCCCACCUCCAGAACUGUGAGAAAUCAAUGUCUGUUGUUUAAGCCACCCAGUUCAUGGUAUUUUGUUACAGUAGCCCAGCCUAAGACAGCCUCCUAUCCUGUUUCUCUGCUUCUCGCCUCAUCCUUCAUGUGGAAUAGUAGUUUCUUUCACACUGCUUAUCACUGAUUGUAGUGAUACAUUUGUUGUGUUUAUUUGCUUGCUGUUUAUCUUCAUAACCAGAUCACACAUUCCAUGAAACCAUGCUUCUUUGGUUCACCACUCUGUAUCCAGGGCUGAACACCAUGUCUAAUUCAUAAUGUUUCUUGACAAAAUGAAAUGCUGACUACAAUAAAAGCCUCCACCACGUU